UAAUAGAUCAUUUACCGUGAUUUUUUUUUACAUGGUUGGUUGUCAGUUGUCCAAACACAAAAAAAAAGUAUUGAUGUAUGUGAAUGUAAAGCCAUUUAUUUAAAACAUUUGUACAAAUGAAUUUGCGAGACACAAGAAAAGUGUGUCUACUUGGUAACACAUUAAGUUUUUAAGGAUACCAAAUAUCGUGCGAAAGCAACACUAGAUACAACACUACUUGGUCUUGGGUUUUCUUGUGAUGUAAACAUUUUACAGUAAUUUUUUAAAAGUUGUAUCAAUUCAGUUAUUUAUAUAUAAUGUAUAUAUUUUUUUGCAAUCACCAAGAAUAGUUAAGUUUUAUCCAAAAAAAACAUUAGUAUUCUAACUCCUAAGUUCUUACUUCACUUUAUUACAAACGUUUUCAUUUUCAUAUAUAUUUUAUCUCAGUUUACCGGCAACUGUUUCAAGUCUUAAAAUACCCUGUUGAUGAUCACUAGCUAUCAACUCUCUCUAUAUAAAGAUCUUAAUUUUAGUUAUUAUUAAAAUAGAAAAAAUAAAAGUCGUGGUGUUGUCUCUUCACAAUAACAAAGUCUAUGCUUACAUUUUUUUUAGCCUAACAUGCCACCGAUGAAUGCACCUAAUCCUAUAAACACCGGCCACUGCAUGUCGCCUCCUAAUUAUGAUCCCUCUUAUGUCUACGAAUCAUUAUUUUCUUGAUAAUCUUAUAUAUUAAACAACUAAUCAAAAGCGUUAAUGUAGUCGUCACAACCAUUAACAAUGUGUAUAUACUUAUUAUUUGCUGUCGUGAACGUUUUUGUGUUUAGUUCUAUCCAUUUUCGGUUUUCAUUGAAAGCGUCGAUUUGAUGACGUGGACCUAAAGUGCGUGAAAGUAAAACCUUUGCUUGUUGAUAGAACUAAAUGUUCACACUAUAAAAAAACGUGAAUUGGUGGCCUAAGUGCCACUCAACACUACUAAUGAACCUUUGCCUAAUUCGGUGGUUAACCCUUCACGGGUUUCACUUUCUCUUUUAUUUUCUACUUUAUUCUUUGAAGAAAAUUAAAUCAUUUGGAAAUAAUUAAUUAGACAUAAUGAUAACAGUUCUCUGUUAAUUAUGCAAAUAUGAAUGAUUCAAGAUCUAACAAUUUGAUUAAACAAACUACUAAUAUAAAUAUGUUUGUUAUUAGAAAGUAUGUACUAGAAGAAGCUGUCUAAUUUAAUACUAAUAAAAAUAAAUAAACGUCAUGAAGGGUUGACUUCUGGUACAUAGAUCUAGGUAAAGAUCAGAAUUCGAAGAUAUGGAUUAAAAGUAGAUACAACAGAACAUGAACUAGAAAGAAAGAGGACAUAGAUUUGUUUAUUUUCUUCCAUCAUUAAUAAAAAUUUAGUUGAUUUCAUAUUUGAUAGAAUUUGGCAGAGAAAUGCAGGAGUGUCAGGUAAUGGGGAUAGAGUGAAUCGUCAAAAUGUUAUUGGUUAGUUGAAAAUAGUAUAAUAAUGUAAAGUGGAUCCAUAUGUGUAAAAUCUUUUGUGGAGUAAACUAAAAAGAUUAACAACAACCAACCUUAUAACCUCUCCCUUUGUAAUAUAUAUAAAUAAGCAGCCCCACCAUCAUCUUCCUCACUGCCUCUCUUGUCUAGUUCUCUUCUAUUCUCUCUCUUGUUAGUUCACUCCACAUAAUAAACACCAAACAUCUCAUUUUUCAUCACAAUUUUCGAAAUUUCUUGGAUUUGUUUUUGUCGAUUGAUUUCUUGAAUUGGGUUGUUCUUGUUUUUACUAUCUUUUAAGUGUAAAUAACCAUGAUGGGUCAAGAUCAUGAGGUUGGUAGUGAUCAGACGCAAAUCAUUAAGGGGAAGCGUACGAAGCGGCAGAGAUCAUCCUCUUCGACGUUUUUGGUGGCGGCGGCGGCCCCCACAAUCACCUCCACAAGUUCAUCUGCCGGCGGAGAAAGAACAGCUUCAGAAGAAUACAACUCGGUAGUUUCGUCUCCGGUUACUACAACUGAUUGUACAGAAGAAGAGGAAGACAUGGCGAUUUGUCUCAUCAUGCUUGCACGUGGAGCUGCUCCAUCGCCGCCGCUGCCGGAUCUCAAGAAUUCUACCAAAACUGACAAAAAUCUUUAUCAGAAGAAUUCUAGUUUCUAUGUCUACGAGUGUAAAACAUGUAACCGGACGUUCCCGUCGUUCCAAGCUCUUGGUGGACACAGGGCGAGCCACAAGAAGCCGAGAGCGUCGAUAGACGAAAAAGCUAAAGUACCCCUUACGCAGCUCAAGUCUAGUGCAUCAGAGGAAGGGCAAAAAGGUCAUUUUAAAGUUUCCGGCCCAGCCCUUGCUUCAAAGGCAAGUAACAUCAUCAUCAGCAAAGCAAACAAAGUACACGAGUGUUCGAUCUGUGGUUCUGAGUUCACUUCGGGCCAAGCACUCGGAGGCCACAUGAGGCGGCACAGGACAGUUACCAACGUGGUUAGCAGCCCGGUCACUGCAGCAGAAGUGAGCAGAAACAGUACAGAUGAAGAGACUGAGAAUUUGAGCCGUUCGAUGGAACAGAGAAAAUAUCUACCGUUGGAUCUUAAUCUACCGGCACCAGAAGAUGAUCUAAGAGAAUCAAAGUUUCAAGGGAUAGUGUUCUCAGCAACCACACCAGCGUUAAUAGAUUGCCAUUACUAGUUGUUUAAAGUUGAAUGUUUAAUUACAUAAUAUGAAAUUUGUGAAUUUGUCUUCUCUUACUAUAUUGUUGAAUUGGAAUUAUCUUCCAAAAUUAAUUGAUUUUUAAAGCGUAAAAUGAAAUGUACAAGUUAUAAUGAGAGAGGGGAAUAAUAGUGGGAGUUAAGUAAA